CUGAAGAACAGAAAUCAAACUGGAAGGCAUCACUUGAUAAAGUCGUACAUGCAUACAAUUGCACCCGCAACGAGGCUACGGGGUAUUCACCCUUCUAUCUUCUGUAUGGUAGACCACCCCGCCUUCCGAUAGAUAUCUCCUUCAACCUUCCAGCAAGUACAGAAGGCUCAGCUACCAACCAUGCUGACUAUGUUGCAAAAUGGAAGGCCCAGAUGGAGCAAGCAUACGCCCUAGCCUCCAGACAUAGCUCCAAGACAGCGCUCCGCAACCGGAAACUGUACAACAAAAAGCUACAUGGCGUCAGCCUACAGCCUGGAGACCGAGUGCUGGUAAGAAACCUGAAUGAGACCGGUGGUCCAGGAAAGCUGAGAGCCUACUGGGAGGAGAAAAUACACAUUGUCAUCAGGCAGAUGCAGGACGACAUGCCUGUGUAUGAGGUCAAACCUGAGAAUGGACUGGGGCGGACACGGGUUCUUCAUCGAAACCUUCUCCUCUCCUGUGACCACCUCCCUGCAUCAGAAACACACGGGGAACAACCUACAGCUCAACCAAAGAAGCAACGACGCUCAAAACGACUAACUCACCAAUCGCCCAGCCCAACUCAAGACGGCAGCAGUUCCGAUGAAGAGGUCUAUCUUCAGAUGCCACAUCAACUGCAGGAGCAGUUCACCCCAGAAGAGGACAUCAUUCCUGAUCGGCACCAGACAUUGGGGCAUGAAAACCCUACAACAUCCAUCCAACCUUCAUCAGCAGAGCCCCAACAAGAGCUGGAGAUGCAGGCCCUUCCAGACCUGGAACUCAACGUGGAGCCUGAACAACAGCCGGGUGUGGCAGCUCUCCCAGAACCCCCUGUAGAUGAAGCCCCACCUGAAGGAAGCGAUGUAUCCACAGCAGAGACUGAAGCCAGGUACCCAAGCCGGAACAGACAGCCACCGGAUGCACUCACCUAUGAUCAACUUGGUGUCCCUCGUCAACACGUUUCUGCAGUACUGCCAGUGCUCGCGUCGGAACCCCCUGCGAAAACCCCAGAACAGGUUUUCGGUGAAUAUGCCCUGCCCCCACACCAUGUCCCCGCCCCCAUUCCGCCUGAGGUUCCCAACCAGCAGAUGGGUUCUGCUCAAGCCCCUUACCCCUACAGAAUGCCCUAUGGGAAUGGUUCAUUUCCACAGCCAUAUCCUUCCAUGUAUGCAGUGCCACCCAUGGGAUACUACCCUGCACUACCGCAGUAUCCUCUCCAGCAGUAUGUACAGGGAUCGCAUCCAGUGACGUCUCUACCGUACUUCAACCCACCUGGAGUGUGCUGAACUGAACAAUAGUAGAACAGUAGUAAUUGUGACCUAUUUGAAUGAUGCUUGGCUCCUAAGGACAAAAUUGCAAAGUCUUGCAGGGAAGUGCGACUUUCUUUUUUUAACUUGAUCUUCUUGAUCAGAUUUUUGGAAUUUAAAUUGGCUGAUCACCUUGAAUGAUUCCAGUUAUCGCACUAUGCCCGUAAACUUAUGGAGAGAUGUUUUUGGCUCAUAGUUGGAGAGAUUCUCCAUAGUUCGCACUUCCGACUCCACAUAAGUCCUAUAAGGUGAUGAGCACUCAUUUGUUUUUUUUUGUACAUACGUUUCUGUUACGGAUUGUUUUGUAAUGUUGAGGACAACAUUUAAUUUUUCG